AUGUCGUCGGAAAUACCUUACCUAGAGACCCGGAUACUCGCUCUGGAACGCAUGGCGAUAGCGGAUAGUGGAAAAGGAGAGUCCAUCAACCGCUUCAACAGCUUACGGUACUGUCCGCCACCCUUUGACAAACUACGAUCGCUCAACUACGGACCGGACAAGUACACGUACGACUUCGAACCAGCUCCUCGCCAGAACGACGCAAUCAUGUGGUACAUUACACUUCUUAUUCGCGACAUGAGUGCGGACCACAUCGGCGUCGCAGACAUGCAUUUCCGAGUAGAACCUACCGAGAGGUCACCGCCGUUCUGGCUGGUUUUACCCGACUACACUACAUUCAAUGAGUUUCCCCUCACCGCUUGGGUAACCUUUUCCCCAGGAAUGCCCGGUCCGACAGAGGAUAAUCUACACGUGAAGAUCGGUACAGAAUGGAUCUUGUUGAAAGACUGGCUGCUUUCCAGCCAGACGCCCGCUGAAGACUUGGUUGGCGAGAGGGGCUACAGGGCGCAGCGCAGAUGGUGGAAGUUCAACGGGAAGCACUUCCGGCUCGCCGACCUUCCAACCGAGAUGCGCAUGAAGGUUUUCGAAUUCGCUCUCGGUCCUAGAAUCUACCCUUUGACUACAUCCAAGGACGCUGAGGUCCGUCUCGGCCUGGGCUUUCGAAAUUGGCAUGACAGCAGUCAAAUCGAUCAACGCCACCCUUCACAGCUGUAUGGACGUGGGCACACAGUUACAGGGUGCUCCGCUUACGAGCCCAAUCUUGCGCUCUUGUCUAUCAACAGACAGACCUAUGGUGAGGCACUUCAGGCUGGCUGGGAAGACACCCGAAAGUGCUUCUUCUCACCGAUUCAGCUCAGAUCAGUCCUUGAGGCGGGUACUAAACCGAAUUAUAACUGGCUCAAUCAUCUCAUUCUUGACUUCACGAUGUCCGAUUGGUUCAGUUUCUUCGGCGUUGGAUUCCGUGACAACAUCAGUAUGAAUAACGGUGUGUCUCUUGGACCUAUACUCUCCGCAUUGGAUGGACUGUCAAGUCUUCAGCUUUGGUUUCGAAGCCCAGACAACGGAGCCGCUUACUAUCCUUAUGGGAUGCGUCGUGUCGAGAAGUCAAUAAUGGUCAGCUUUGUCUGUUGUCAACGUACAAUGGUCGACUGGAUCAUGACAUUCGCUUGGCCAUUUGUAAAGGAUCUACCAAAGGUGAGACUGGGUGGGAUCCUGAAAAAGGACACAAAGGACAAAUGGAAUGAACUCCUCGCGCUGCCUGCAAAGGACAAGGAUGGCGUAAUGGACCACGCUGCUGAGCAGGCGGCCAUUCUGAAUACCCCAUCAGCAGAUAUGUAA